AUGAAGCUGAAAAGGUUCCAGCAGGUGAAGAACUGGAAAAAUGUGUACUCCCGGAGGAUGACCUUAUUUUACUAGCUAUUGUUGGCAUAAAGGAUCCCUGUAGACCAGGAGUCAAAGAUUCAGUUCAGUUGUGUCAAAAUGCUGGUGUCAAGGUCCGUAUGGUUACUGGUGACAACGUCCAAACUGCUAGGGAUAUUGCUUUGGAGUGUGGAAUAUUAACUUCAGAUGCGGAUGCCUCCGAACCCACUCUCAUUGAAGGAAAAUCAUUCCGCGCAAUGACCGAUGCAGAAAGGGACAAGAUUAGUGACAAAAUAUCGGUUAUGGGCCGAUUAUCGCCCAAUGACAAGCUUCUGCUGGUACAAUCUCUGAGAAGACAAGGGCAUGUUGUUGCUGUUACCGGAGAUGGGACAAAUGAUGCUCCUGCAUUGCACGAGGCAGAUAUUGGUCUUGCUAUGGGAAUAGCUGGUACAGAAGUGGCUAAGGAGAGUUCGGACAUCAUCAUCUUGGAUGAAAACUUCGCCUCAGUUGUCAAGGUCCUUUAUGACUUGAGCAGAAGCAUCCAGAUUCAUUAUGUACUCAGUGGAGUCUCUCAAGAAGUUGCGUCUCCUGUCAGAAUCCCAGAAAAAGGGAUGUUGAACCGCGUCGGAAGCAGUAAUACUGCAACUACUGCAAAUACAAACCCACAAAACCAAUAAAUUAGAAACAACAUUUGUCAAGUAAAUCUAAAUUAGAAUCUAAAUCAAAUAAAUUACCCUUGAUUCC